AUGCGGCCCCCCGAGCCGCCGAACCGCCGGGCAGCAGCAACCGCCCUAGGAGCAGCCGCCACUGGAGCAGCCGCCCCUGGAGCAGCCGCCACUUCAGCAGCCAUCCCUGGAGCAGCCGCCACUACAGCAGCCACCCUUGGAGCAGCCGCCACUGUAGCAGCCGCCCCUAGAGCAGCCGCCACUGUAGCAGCCGCCCCUGGAGCAGCCGCCUUUGCAGCAGCCGCCCCUGCAGCAGCCGCCACUGCAGCAACCGCCCCUGGAGCAGCCGCCACUACAGCACCCGCCCCUGGAGCAGCCACCCCUGCAGCUACCGCGGAGCUCUUGCUCUACAGUGGUAGCGGCAUCGCCGUUGCCGCCGUCAUCCGCCUGCCCUUCUCGCCACUGGGAGUCUGUCACCUGUGUGAGCCGCCUGACCCCGGUAUCCAGUCUGCUGCUCUAGGUGUUGGUGAGGCUGCUACUCUAGGUGCUAGUACAUCUGCUGCCCUAGGUGCUGGUGAGUCUGCUCUCUCAGGUACCACGUUGGCUCAGGCCUUACACACCUUCACCCUUGACUUGGGUGCUUCCCGCUCCUUCUUUCGAGACCGCACCACGCUUACACCGCUUAGUCGGCCGGUUGCGGUCUCCCUGGCGGACCCCUCUGGUGGUCCUGUCCUUGCUAGCUUCUCCACUGUCUUACCGUACCCGGCAGCCCCCUUUGGCACCCUGUCAAGUCCCUACCUCCCCUCGUUCUCUACGAACUUGGUGAGUGGAGCUGAUCUACGGGAUAGGGGGGUUGACCUGUUCACUCCUGCGAGUCAGCAAGAGACCCACUGCACGUCUGCUCGGACAGGCCGACACUUGGCCACGUUCACCCGCCGGCCGGGGUCGAACCUGUACACACUUACUACUGAGUCUCCUCCUACUGCUGAGUCUGGUCAGGUAGCUGUGUCGAGUCAGGUCUUCCCUGGUCUCUCCCUCCCCUACCUCCGGGGCCUGCCCCUACCUGCGUCCCUUGCGUCGAGGGGCGAUAGCGCGCCGCCCCUCACUCCUCCGAGUUUCCUCCGAUAG